AUGGGAUGCCGUACCACAAGAGAGGCGAGAGAUUUUAUUGGGAAGGAGUUUCAGAAGAGACAGAUUGCCCAAGAUACUAUAGAGCCUUCUCAGGCUGAUGAAUCUGAAGCUGAGUCAAGAAUUGAUGAGGUAGCACUUUAUCUCGAGGCUGUAGGGGGUGAGAAGAAGAGGAAGGUAUAUGGCGUCGGGUCUCAGGCAUCACAGUUUUACUGCAGCUCAGCAUCUCACGCUUCUGCAGCCAACGCAAGACCACAGCCCAAGCACAGUGCCGAGGAGUUUACUGCAUUACGGGCUCGUGUUGAUGAUCAAGAGAGACAGAUUGCAGAACUUAGAGCGCAUGUCAUGCGGCUGUCUGGUUAG